UGGCAGCUGAAAGUAAGUAGAUGUGGUAGCCUAUGUAUCUGCCUUAUAUCUGCAAAGCAGCAUUCACUCAAUAUUUGAUGCCAUGGCUACAUCGUAUGGACUUGUGACACUUAAGUAACUUUAGAUAUUCAGUCUAAAGUCAACUUUAAGCUUGCAGCACAGCAGAGGUAACAAGUAUAAGAACAGACUUGUCCACUGGAACACACAGACACAGGACCACAUUCAUCACAGUACAGCCAAUCAGGAGCCUUCGUCUGACCCCAGACCAUGUGUACAUUAAGGGAGAUGUUGGACAGGCUGACCACCCCCCCGUACCCCUCCUACAGCACGGGCCUGUUCACCGACGUCUGGAACCCCAAGAAGAGCCCUGUCCGCCAGCGCACCUUGGCCCCUUCCCUCUUCGGCCUCAGCUAUGGCACGCGUGGCCCUUACCUGGGGCUCACCCCCGUUACGCCCACACUCACCCUCACUGGCCAGACCCUGACCUUCGCCGCUGGGCACUGGGUCAACGAUACCGCCACACCCAGAACAACCCCAACUGCCACCUCUAGAGACAGCUGUAGGGAGAGGCCCGAGGCUGACCCCAGGGUCCGAAGGCUGACGAAGAAGGUCCGUAACCUGGAGGAGGAGAAUAACGCCCUGAAACUGCACGUUGAACUGCUGCUGGACAUGUUGACUGAGACCACGGCAGAGGUUUAUGUGCUCACGUACACACUCAAGGAUGUAGACGAGGCCCUUGCAAAGAGUAGAAAGAAAAACAGCCAAGAGAUCUCCCAAUAAACCGGGAAAACCAAGCGACAUGACUUGGUACUGUAUUUUCCACUUUCUACAUUC